CUUUUCUGUCCGUCAACAAAAAAAAAAGUUUGUUAAAAUCAAAUUUCUAUUUUAUUUAAUCUCAAAAUCAAACUUCCUGAAAAUGUCUCUAACAGAUUUGAAACAUCAACUCCGUAAAUUCGAUUUUCCAGUAUGUGCCAAAGAAGCUCUAAAUAGAAUAGAGCAGCUGCUGGUAGGUCGUGUGGCACCGUCGAACAAGCAACUGGAUAUUGCCAUGGACAUCAUAGCUGAAUUUGUAUUUUGCGAAGUUGACCGCCGCAGUGGUCGACGCACUGCCGGCAUCACUCCUCUUCAAGAAUUACAAUUGAUUGAUAUAAUCUGCGAGUACUUGUCUGCCUGCGUCAAUGACACAACCAAGAAUACCAUAUUUUUAUCUUUAUUUGGUGGCAUGGAGAGUCAAAGGAGAUUGAAAAUUUUGAGUAUACUUGCCAGUAUGGCUGUAUCUGCAUCGAGUACACCAGUGUUACUGGCAGUUGGAGUGUGGUUGCAGCAGAUGGGUUGUUCAUCCUCCCAAUCCUUGCAACUUGUGGAGAAUAUAAUCAGGGAUCAUUUUUUUCUGAACACUUCUAACCAGAAUACACUGAAGUCACUAGCCAACACUGCACCACAGUUUGUGUCUAACUUUAUAACGGCCGUGACUGAGCUUUACAUGCAUGACUUGCAAGGAACAAAGAAGCUGCCUCCUAAAAAUUUAUUAGAAGUCAUAACUUCUUGGGUGUUCUCCAACCCGACCCUCUGCAUGUCUGCACAGUUGAAUGCUGCUGCUUUACCAAGUGGCUCCAUUCCUAUGGCAGCUGUUACUCCAUUAGCCGGACUCAUCCAUUGGUGUGCACUAGCGCCCCUUUAUAUUGAUGAAGAUUCAGAAAUGGUGGAAGUUCUUGUGCCAAUAAAGAGGAUAAAAAUUGAAAAUGAGAGAGAUCAUCCAACAUUGAAGACAAAUGUAAACAAAACUUUGACAGAGGCUGAGUUGUAUACUAAGUUGCAUCUCGCAGUGCUACACAGUCUCCGCGCAGGUAGAAGGAAUCAUGGCCCACCAACAGCAGUGAAUGCUCAGCAUUUAGCAGGACUUGGACCUCAUGUGCAGGCAUAUGCACACCAAUUACUUAAGAGAGGCAUAAAGCUGCAAAAUGAUGACAAGUUGCAGGAUUGCCUAGACAGAAUAGGCCAAGCAGUUCAAGUUGCUUUGGCCAAUGGGUGUGUGUAUGGAAACAUUAGCAACCUCUUGGCUGCCCUUGAUACACUUCCCGAGAACAGGCUUCUUAGGAUAAUUAUUAAAACACAUCAGCAGACAAUUUAACAUAACAUUCAUAUAGGUAAUAAUAGAGUCUUAGUUUUUCAUACAUGUAAUGAAAUUAUGUUUAAUUUAACUAUAGUAUCCAUGUAAAUAUAAUGAUCAUUGUUUAAGAAGUGUAAAGUUUUAUUUAUUUAAAAUGGUUUAA